CACAAUGUCACCGUCAUGGUUGGAGCUGGCAUGCUCGGUCUCCCGUACGCAAUGGCCGAGCUUGGAUGGGGUCCCGGUGUGGCGGUGCUGGUCUUGUCCUGGAUCAUCACCCUCUACACGUUGUGGCAAAUGAUUGACAUGCACGAGAUGAUUCCUGGAAAGCGUUUCGAUAGGUAUCACGAGAUGGCCCAACAGGCAUUCGGUGAAAAACUCGGUCUCUACAUUGUGGUUCCUCAGCAGCUCAUUGUCGAAGUUGGAGUUAGUAUCGUCUACAUGGUGAUUGGAGGCAAAUCCCUGCAAAUGUUCCAUGACACGGUUUGCUCGAGCUGUAACAAAAUCAAGACGAGUUACUUCAUCAUGAUACACGCUUCUGUUCACUUUGUUCUCUCCCACCUUCCCAACUUCAACUCCAUUGGCGUCUCCUUGGCUGCUGCUGUUGUGUCUUUGAGCUACUACACUAUUGCUUGGACAGCUUCACUCCACAAGGGAGUUCAGCCCAAUGUGCAGUAUGGGUACAGAGAAAAGUCGACAGCGGGAACGGUAUUCAACUUCUUCAGUGCAUUGGGCUACGUUGCUUUUGCCUAUGGUGGGCACCAUGUCGUGUUAGAGAUCCAAGCGACAAUCCCAUCAACGCCGGAGAAGCCAUCCAAGGGCCCAAUGUGGAGAGGAGUCGUCAUUGCAUACAUUAUUGUGGCUCUCUGCUACUUCCCUGUCGCCUUAAUUGGGUACUGGAUAUUUGGGAACUCGGUUGAGGACAACAUCCUCAUCUCGCUGGAAAAACCCGCCUGGCUCAUUGCUCUGGCCAAUAUGUUUGUGGUUGUCCAUGUGAUUGGAAGCUAUCAGAUUUCUUCAAGGCUGGUAUUUGAUAUGAUAGAAGCUGGGUUAGUGAAGAAACUGCACUUUGAGCCCACUAGAACACUCAGGUUUAUAACACGCAAUAUCUAUGUGGCGUUCACGAUGUUCAUUGUGAUUACUUUCCCCUUCUUUGGUGAUCUUCUUUCAUUCUUCGGGGGAUUUGCUUUUGCCCCUACCACGUAUUUUCUUCCCUGCAUGAUGUGGCUCGCGAUGAAAAAGCCGAGGAGGUUCAGCUUGUCUUGGUGGACAAACUGGAUGUGCAUCGUGAUUGGAGUGCUCUUGAUGGUCUUAGCGCCUAUUGGUGCAUUGAGGCAGAUCAUUAUCAAGGCCAAGACCUACGGAUUCUACUCUUAGGUACCGCACUGA